AUGCGUUUCGUCGCUAUUCUGGCCAUCGUUCCCCUCUUGGGUAGCGCCAUCGCUACGCCCACCGCAAGAGUCUCUGAACUUUUCAAACGGGACUAUGGGUGUGGCGUCCUGAGCAGCGAUAACGGCGUCUGCAACUUCCAUUGUCUUAAUGACGUUACGAAACGCUGCGCCAAUGGUAACGUUCUGAAGCCGUACAAAGGGGAAUGUGGAGGCUUUAUCAGCGCGUAA